AGAAGAAGAAUAAAGUGAGGUUAGAUUUACGCAAAAGUGAGCUGUGAAAGUGAAUCCAAUGUCCCGAAAAUUGUUGAUUUUGUACGGAAGUGAGACAGGAACUGCUCAGGAUUUUGCCGAGCAGGUAUGGCGGGAGUCCAAGAGAUUCUAUUUCUCCGGACCAGUGCUUCCCAUGGACUCGUAUGACGUGAGAAACUUGGUGGAUGAGGAACUUGUUGUGUUUGUUUGUGCAACCACCGGACAGGGCGAUGAGCCUGAGAAUAUGCGGAAUUUCUGGAAGUUUCUGCUCCGGAAGAAACUUCCCUGUGACUCCCUGCAAAAUCUUAAGUUUGCCGUACUGGGAUUUGGUGAUUCUGGCUACUUGAAGUACAAUUUUGUGGCCAAAAAACUCCACAAAAGAUUGCUGCAACUCGGUGGAAUUGCUCUUAUGGGAGCAGGACUCUGUGAUGAUCAACAUGAUUUAGGACCAAGUGCCACAUACCUGCCUUGGCUGGAGCAAUUGUGGGAGAAGAUUCUUCAGCUUCAUCCACUUCCCAAUGCCCAAAGUGCUCUUGAAGAAAGUCCCCGGCAGUUCCGUUGGGACGUGCAAGCUAUCGAUGAGGAUAAGGAAAAUAAUUCUAGUGUGCGUAGGGAGACAGAAAACAUCUACGCGACUAGCUAUGCGCUCCUGAACUCCCAGAAUCCUGCCGUGAGGCUAACUCUUGAAGAGAACAGGAGAACAACUCAUGAGCUUCAUUUUCAAGAUGUUCGCCUCAUUAGCUUCAAAAUGACCAAUGCAAUCAUCUGGCAACCUGGAGAUGUUCUAGUUCUGCGUCCUUGCAAUGCUGAGGAUCGCGUGGUGGAACUUUUCAACCUUCUCCACGAGCACAAUGUGCCUCUUCAUCCGGAGACUGUGGUUGAAAUCCGGGAAAUAGAUUCAGAAAUGCCAGUUCCUGACUUCCUGAAAGCCCCAAUCUCACUGAGAUCUCUGGCUACACAGUAUUGGGACUUGAAUGCCAUUCCACGACCACGUGCCUUUGCUCUUCUGGCCAGAAACUGCCUCAAUGAGCUUGAACGUGAAAAACUCUUAGAGUUCUCAUUGCCAAUUGGUCAGGAGGAUCUCUGUGCCUAUGCUAAUCGUCCACGGAGGACAAUUGUCGAGGUUUUAAGAGACUUCCCCCAUGCCACGUCGAGAUUAACCCUGGAAAUCCUCAUGGAAGUCUUUCAGCCAAUAAAACCUCGAUCAUUCUCAAUAGCUUCGUGUCCGGAAGUUGGGAAACUUCAGAUUCUGGUGGCUGUGGUGGAAUACCGAAGUAUUUUGUCCACUCCCAGGCAGGGAUUGUGCUCCACGUGGCUGAAGAAUUUGCCAGUGGGAGCGAAAAUAGUUGGAUGGCUGAAGAAGGGAACCUUGAAAAUACCGGGAGACCCUGCAAAGCCUUUGGUGAUGGUGGGUCCAGGAACGGGAUUGGCUCCCUUCCGGAGUGUUUUGCUGCAGAAGGAGGCUAAGUUUGUGGAUGGGAGAUGUGGGAGGAAUGUCUUGUUCUUUGGAUGUCGGAAUCGUCAGGGAGAUUUUCACUGCGAGGAAGAAUUGAAGAGAAUGGAAGGGAAGGGGCUGCUAAAAGUCAUUACGGCUUUUUCCAGGGAUCAGGAAGAGAAAAUAUAUGUUCAGCAGAGGAUCAGGGAGAAUGGAGAACUUCUCCGGAGUUGCUUAAACGACCAGGGAGGAUACUUUUUCGUGGCUGGAAGUUCCAAGAACAUGCCUCAAGCUGUCAAGGAAGCUUUGGGUGAGGUGAUUGGGCAGGAGAAUGUGCAGGAAAUGCUCUCAAAUGGACGGUAUCAAGAAGAGACUUGGUCAUAGUCGCAGAGAUCGACGCCGAAAAUUUUUCGGCGGCUGCGGCUCGCUGCGCGCCGGCGCACCAGCCGAGGAUGUCGGCUGCGGCUCAGCCAGGCGCGCCGGCGUUUUUUUUUCAUAUCUUUCGAUUACAACCACUAUUAUACACCGAUUGUCCUCAAAAUUAGAAUAUUUUUUGCUAGAAUUACAAAAAUAUUCAUGGAAAACGUUUAGUUCCAAUAAAAACUUUUAAAGGAAAAGCUAUCAAUUUCAGAAUUAAGCAUAACAUUUGCCUAUUAAUAAUAAAAAAAACGCACAAUAAAGUAAAAU